UUCUAUUAGUAGCAAUGCUUUUCACUUGGUCAAUUACUCUUUGGUUAUUCAUAUUUGAAGGAUUGUAAUUUCCAUUAAAAAUCUUUGCAGUUACAAUGAUUCAGAUUACCAUGAUUAUUAUUCUUGUGGUUCUGAAAAUAUUAUGUGGAUUUGUUUCAACAAAUAAUAAGCCAAGCUGUCUGGAGUCAACAUUGUCAGCUGUGUAUGUGGAAUCAUGUCCCCGAACAGUCGAUGAAUGGAGAGAAGCAGACAAUAGGAAAAACUGUAAACAAAUUGCACAUAGUUGCACAUCUUUUGAAUACCACUGUGUAAUAAAUGCAUUGAAAAAUGGAACUGUUGAAGUAUGUGCACCAAGCCAACAGAUUAUUGGAAAGGUUUGUGCUGAAUUUAACUUUGGAGGAAAUAGAAUACAGCGAAAUGAUAACACACAAUGUCAAAAAUGUCCAGAAGUCUACAAUUCUAGUGAUGCUUUUAGAUAUCCUGAAUGUUAUGAUCAUGUAAAAAGUACGGAAAAGAUAAAUGAAUUACAAAGUACUAAAAAGUCACUUAACGUUAGCAUGGAUUCCUACACUACACAAUACGUAUCGAUCUCGUCACAUGAAAACGUGUCAUUUCCUGUAGAAACAAAUCUUAGUGUGGUGAUUGGACUUAGCGUUACGGCGGUAAUCGUUUCGAAUUUCUUGAUUGCCUUCCUUGUUUUUAUCUGUAUUGGUCGAUGUCGACAGCAAACCGAACAAAACCAACAAACACAAGGUUUCUCAAGGGUCGUCCAAAGCAGCAAGUUUUACGAAGAGAGUAACAUGAUUUCUGAAGUCUAA